AAAUUCCUAUCAUCCUCUUUUGAAAACCUAUAUAGUUAUUGGUUUUGGAUUUUUUGUUUGUUUCUUUUGCUUUUUGUUUUUCUUUUCUCUCUGUGUUUUUUCUCUUUAAAAUAAAAAAAAUAAAAAUUUUUUAAAAAUUAGAAAGAAUGUAAGAAUGACUUUCUUCUACCCUGACUCUAUAAAAGACACUUGAACUUGUAAAGGCUCCCAGACUACUGAGUGGUUCUCAAACUUUAGCUUUUAUCACUAGAAGGAUUUAUUUUAAAUGCUAUCUGACAGCUGAGAGUUAUGGCACAUGCUUAUAAUCCCAGGAUUCAGGAGGCUGAGGCAAGAGGAUGGUGAGUUGGAGGCCAGCCUAGGCUACAUAGGUAGACCCUGUCUCAAAAACAAGAAAAAGAUAACAAUUAAAAAAAUUCUGUCUUAUGUUUUAUCCCCUGUCUUGAGAUUCAGAAUCAGUGCUCUUGAGUGGGAAGUGGGAAUUUACACUCUUAACUAAGCUUUUAAAGUAUUGUAAUUAUGUAAAACUUUAAAAUGCUAUUUAAUCACUGAUUUUAUGGUCAUUGUAAAAAUGUAAAUAUUAUAGAUAAUAAAUGUGUUUAUAGAAGAACGGCAAGCAACAGAAUUCAGAUUUAAUGUUACAGCAAAUUGAAGAAGAUAGUAACAUUAAUAUUGAAUAUUUUCUAGGUAUUCUGGAUUCUCACAUAACAAAGUUGGUAUACAUCAUGCAGGUAGAAGCUAUGCUUUUCAUUAUGAAGAAAGUUACAUCCAUAGGACCUUCCCAGCAGGUUAUAUGCUAUUAAAAAAUGAUCUCUGCCUUCUGCUGCUCCUGGAAGACUCUGAAUUUCAUUAAAAAGGCAUAAAAUGGAAAAUAAAAUAGCAAUCGGGAGUGAAUGACAGCAGGAAACACUGGAGUGCCCAUCUGAAAGCUGAAAAUCCGUACCAGGGAUAGUGUGGUACUAGAUCAAGAUGUGGAAAUGGUUGUUACUGAAAGGGUUGUUACUCCUUACGAGACAGUUCACUUAAUCCCUCCCUCUGCCAAGAAUGACCUUUUCAUUAACAGCUAUCAGUAACACCAUCACCUGGCUGCGGAACACAGAGAACCUUGAGGUUUUUUCUUUGUGAAUGAUAAUGUUGAAAGCAAACAAUACUAAUAGUUACUUCUUCUUUCUUUAGGAAAUGAUUUUGUUUAGCUCUAAUUGAUUACCAUUCAGUUAUAACUUUUCCAGUUUUAAAAUGUCUACUUGUUAAUAUAUUUAAAGAGAAUAAACAUUUAUUUACAAUGGUUCCGUAAUCCCAUUCCAGCUGGUUAAAGUGGGAUAAUGCUAAGGGAUAGGAUCAAAAGAAUCAAAAUGAAGGUUUUAUAAUUUUAAAAAUCUGUAUACAUUUCAAGGAAAAGAAAACUGGCUUGUACCAUAGCCUAGAGGAUUGAGAUUAAACAUAAAGAACUCAAAUAUUUAAUGUUAAACAGUAGAGAAAACUGUGAUCUUUUCUGAACAUCUUUUAAAACAAGAUAGAAAUGCAAAGCUAGGCAUAAAGGCAUACACCCAUAAUCUCAACAUUCAAGAGGCUGAGGCAGGAGAAUUGUGAGUUUAAGACCAGCCAUAGCUAUACACUGAGUUUGAGGCCAGCCUGGAAUAUAGCAAGACCCUGUAUUUAAAAAUCCAAAACAAGUAUAUAAAUACUCUCUUCCCAAGAUAGAUGCUUAUUGGUACAGAAUGUCAGAGACAACACUAAUUACAGAGGAAGGCAGAUUAGCCAGAUUGUCGCCAACUGUCUUCUUUUUUUAUAUUUUUUAUUUUUUUUUCCACUUGUGAUUUUCUUUGAGCCAACUGUCUUCUUCAGUCCCAAGAAUUUUAUGGUACAGAGGGCCACAUGGAAGUAUACCACCAGCAUCGCCCUUCAACGAAGUACUGCAACACUCUUCUCAGAAGCCUCCGGUGGAUCCUGAACACGGUGGGAACACCAUGACCCGGCCCUUUCUGCCCAAUGUGGAAUUCCUCUGCAGGUUAUCAUUGUGCCAAAGCUCUCUGUUCGACACCCUGAGACCUUCUCAGAGCUAUCCCACAGCCUCAGGCUCUUCCUUUAGAAUAUUUCUUUCUUCUCCCUCUUAUUUAACAGAUGUCAGACCACACUGAAGUUGAAGAUUUAUCCUCUCUGCCUCCUUCUUCCUUUCUUUCCUAAGAGCCACCCUUAAUAACUCUUACAAUUCUAGAUUCACCUUGGGGCCUACUUCAUGUAGAUGGAUGGAUGACACAAUAAGGAACAGGGCCAUGAUCACAAUCACCACUGCAGACAAAAGAAAAUAACUAUAUAAGAAGUAAAAGAGUUUCACUGUCACACAGGUGAAGCCUUUGGGAAAAUAUUUCCCUUUUUUAAACAAUUAUAUGACUCAUAUGCUGCAAUCAGUUUGGUCUACAUUUCACUAUCAAAUGGAAGAAUGGAGAAAUGAAGUGGAAAGAUUAGAUACUAUAACCAGCCUCCUUCUCAGUGACUUCUAGGACAAAUCUGUGUAUCAUCACCCUUUUUCCUGUACUGUCAAAAGGAAAGAAUGCAAGAAGAAUGGGAUUUGUUAAGAGACUCACUGUGCUUUUGUUAUGUUUUAUAUGAAAAAUCUCACUAUUUAAAAUAUAGUGUUUCAUGUGUGUAAUAUUUCCCUCCAACCAUUAACAAAACAGUAUCCUAAUAAAUAUUAUUCUAUUACAUAUCUUCCUGUUAGAUUAUAGCCACCUUAUUUCUUAUGGAUUUCUUUGUAUUUUUACUCACUCAACAAACAAUUAUUGGAUGCAAAAUAUGUGCUGGUACUUUGCUGAGUCAUGGGGAUAUAAUAAUAUGUGCAAUAAUUAUUUCAAGUUUACAGAUAAGGAAAUCAUGGAGUGAAGAAUUAAGUAAUUUGCUCAAGGUUACAAUGUAAGCAAUAAGAUCUGGGAUCUGAAUUCAGGCCAAACUGUGCUCCUAACAUUUAAACUGAAACUACCUUGAUCAUAGCUUUUUGUGUUGUAAACAGUACUGUGGUCCUGUCCUAGAAGAAUACCACAGUGAUGGCACAGAUACGCAGGUGGUAAAUUACACUAAAAAGUGAUCAGCUCUGUUGUAGAUCUGUGUUCCAAGUGUUGAGGCAGUCAGAGGGCAUUCCUUAUGAUGCAACCCCAAAAACUUAUAUUGCAUUUAUAAAAGUUUUGCUAUAAACACAUGUGUGUAUUUUUAGGUAAACUUUUCUGUGAGCUUCAACCUUUCAGAGAAAUUAUUUUUGAAAAGCAACACACAAAUUAUGUUAGCAAUCCAUUUCUAAAAUUACUUUCUGAAAUGGUGAAGACAUGCACAGACAAAAGAUGAUCAUCUUUCUGAGUGAGCUUGAUAUUUUUAUGGAAGUUGUGAACUCCUGUACAGAGACAAAUUUGGAAAUUAACUGAUAUAAAAGUUUGGGGCAAGAAAUGGUUGCACUUUAGGAGCUGGAGAUAUAGCUCAGUGAUAGAGCAUUCACCUGCGAUGUGUGAGGCACUAGUCUCAGUCCCAGAAUUUAAAAAAAAGGAAAAACUUAAUAAAUCAAACUUUUAAUUUAUAUUACUAUAAAGCCAAUUUGUAAAGCAGAACUUACAAAUAGUUUCUAGCCAAUGCAGAUAGUAAACAUGAUUAAAGCCUCCAGGGAAAACUGUACUGAAGAAUAUAUAUGUUGACUUCCGGGAGAAAAUGGCGGACAGAUAACAGCAGCUACGGAGGCUCUCUGAAAGGCUCGGCUCAGAAGUCAGGAAGGGUGCGGAGUAAGUAGUCACAAGCAGGUGGAGAUAUGCUCUGCUGACUCAGGAACGAACUGGGCUGAGAGAAACCAACUUGGAAUGCAGUCCUGGUGCUAAAGCAGGAACAGAAAAGCCUCAGUGUGGAGGCUGGACCCCGCGCCAUUGGAAGCCGCUAUUUGGGUUUCCCGCCACGCAGAGACUGCCUCUACAGCGGCUUGGCAAGGAGAGAGACGCGCGGGAGCUUUGAGAACGGGAAGCUGCGAACAGAGUCGAAAACAGGACAGGCAGUGAGGCGUGCACUGACUUGUGGUGAGGUGAAUGAGAGAAACUGACACUCUACCACUGUUUGACUCCAGCGGAGGACUUUCUGGGCCCUGGCAGUCCUGCGGGAGCAGGGCGCGGUGGCGACUCCAGCCACACAUCCCCCUCUCAGACGGGAUUGGUGAAAAGUGCCUGGCCUGCGUGACGCUGCUGGCGGACCCAGUAGGCUGGCCCAACCCAGAUCCCAGAGCCUGACAGUGGCCGGGAGGGGUGGGCCCUGCGUAGGCUGCCUGGUCCGUAACUCCCUGGUGCGCUGCGGUGGGCGGGAACACCUAGCCGACCCAAUUCAAUCGGGCUGUGGCUGACAGGGAGAGAAGCUGGGUCUCCUAUACAAGCUUGCAUAUAUAAGGAACAGAGAAUAUGGGAAAAGGCAGCAACAAGAAAGGCUCCUCGUCCCCCAAUUCUGAGAAACAGGCAAUAGCGGACACCACACCAAUAGACAUAAAGCGCCAUAUAGAGAGCCUCAUAGAUCAAUUCAGGAAUGAAGUUAUCAAUGACCUGAAGAUAGAAAUAAGCAGAAUAGUUAGAGAAAUGCUAAGCACCACCCAAGAAAAAACAGAUGGUGGAAUGGAAGAACAGAAAAAGAGGGGAGAAUUGUUUGAUGGAGAAAACAGAGAAAGCAUAGAAUACGUGAAACAGGUUCAAAGGGACUACCAAGAAACUAAGAAGUCUAUCAAAGACUGGCAUAACAGCUUGAAAGAAACUAAGGACAGACUAUCUGAACUGGAGGGCAGACUUGUAAUAUGGGAAAAUGAAAUGAAAAACUUCUUAAAAAUAACAAAGAAACAAACAGCAAUAAUACAAAGACAAGAAGAUGAUAAGAGGAUCCAUAACUUAAGGAUUAAGAACAUAAAAGAAGAAGUAGGGACACAAACAAGUGAACUACAAAAGCUACUCACAGAAAUAAUCCAAGAGAAUUUUCCUAAUUUAGCAAAAGGUAAAGAUACUCAGAUGUAUGAGGCAUACAGGACCCCAGCUACCUACAACCCAAACAGAGCAACACCCAGGCAUAUAAUAAUAAAAAUUCCAGAAAUUCAAUACAAGAACAGAAUAUUAAAAGCUGUAAGAGACAAGAAACAGACCACUUACAAGAGAACAUCCAUCAGAAUUACAGCAGAUUUCUCUGCACAAACCAUCAAAUCACGAAGAGCAUGGGGGGAAAUAAUUCAAGCUUUGAAAGAUAAUAAUCUCCAGCCAAGAUUGAGAUAUCCUGCACAACUGUCCCUGGAAAUUGAUGGAAAAACAAGGUGCUUCCAGGAUAAAGAGGAACUGGGGGAAUUUGCAACCACCAAUUCAACUCUACAGAGAGUAUUGCAGGAUAUUCUAAAAAAAGAAAAAUAAAAAGAAUCCAGAAAUAGUGGCGGGGAGGCCACAACGAAUGGAGCAGAGAACAAAA